AUGUCAGAUAUUUAUAAAGAAGUUUGGACUAAAGAAAAAGAGAAGAAAUCAGAAGUAGAGUCAUUAGUAGAACUAAUAGACAAUGAAGAAUUGAUCGAUAAAGAAGAAGAAAUCCUAGAAACUGCAUAUUUUACAUUCUAG